GCAACCAAGCACGCUCUCAUGGCAUUUCUGGGCCUCAUCAAUUACUGUCGUCAAUGGAUCCCUGACUGUUCAAUCUAUGACAAGUGUUUGCGUUCAGCUAUAAGUCACUCAGAUCCUUUGACUCAGCCCCUGGUCUGGACUGAGGACAUGCUAACGGCCUUCAAGGCUCUGAAGCAAGCUUUGUGCUCCGCCCCUGCUCUCGGGCUGCCGAACUAUCGUUUGCCGUUUCACCUGUAUGUGUGCAAUCAGAAGGGGACCGCCUCUGGGGUGCUGGCUCAGGAGCACGGGGGGGGCAUGCGACCUUGCGCGUUUCUGUCUAAAACUCUUGACGCUGUGGCACAAGGGCUUCCUGGCUGUCUUAGGGCUGUUGCUGCGUGUGCUCUCAUGGUCACGGACGCUGAAAAACUUGUUUUGUCGCAUCCGCUCAUUUUACACACUUCACAUGACGUCGUGUACAUUCUGCGGAAUCUUAGCACUCAGCAUUUGUCUGCUCAGCGUCGCUCUGGCUAUGAGUUUAUUCUUUUGGCCACAGAGCAUCUCACUGUUAAGCCCUCCUCGUCGUUUGAUUCUGUCGCCCACGCUCUUCAGCGUCUUCUUAACUCACAGGAUGACGAUGUUGCGUUUGACUCACAUGACUGUCUUUCUAAUAUCGUUUUUGAAACUAGCAUCCGCCCAGACUUACACUCCACCCCUCUUUCCACAGGCGAUUCUCUUUUUGUAGAUGGUUCCUGUUCCCGCCCUGCGGAUGGUGUGUUCCUGUGUGGUUACUCUGUUUGUCGCCUCCCUGAUGAAAUUGUUGAAGCUCAUUCUUUGCCUUUUUCUUCUGCUCAGGCUGCGGAGCUCUAUGCUUUGACUCGCGCAUGUAUUUUGGCUCAAGACACAGACGUUACUAUUUACACCGACUCACGCUACGCUUUCGGCGUGGCGCACGACUUCGGCCGCAUUUGGGCGUCUCGGGGGUUUACGACAGCCGACGAAAGUUGCUGUGACAAUAGCUGACGGCCUUUUCAGGGAUCCCCUUCCAGCAUCUGGAGCAAUCCAGUUUCGGCUGAUCUACAAAGAGGGGAUGGUUGGUGAGUCUUGCAAAGUUCUGGGCUGAAGAGUCUGAAAAGCACGGGAGCCUGUGAUAUUUUUCGCCGUCUGCACCCUGUGAGCAUUAGAGAACAAAGUCAGUGACCAGUAUGACUUUCUUCAUCAUCGUGCUGAUCUCAACGCUUGGGGCAGGGUUACCCGCACAAGCAAUACACCGGGACCCAAGGGAUAACGAGUUUUGGAAAUAUAUAAACUUCACUGUAAAAACAUCAAUGAAUAUGAGUAUACCUUGUUAUGUGUGUUCUUUGUUACCCCAUGACAGCAGCGAUCCUUUUCCGGUCCGAAUAGCCCCAUCUAACUACUCUAAGGUUAAUAUGACAUGGCUCAGCCUGUGGCCCUCGUAUACUCAAACUAAGGUUUUCCUGACAGACAAUACAGACCCAGAGGUAAGGUUGUCAAUACACUGGGGUGUGAAUAAUACUCUGGGCUUGCGUCAGAGUAUUAAAGAGGGGAUUGUAAGAAUAUAAUCCUGAAUACUCCUAAACCUACUCUUGUAAAUGCGCGGCCCAAGGGUGACUGUCGUGUAGUGUAGCAGUUUAGGGUUAACUUUAGGCCAGAGAUAAUACGUGCUGCUCUGUACAUUUUGUACUUUUCACAUGUUCUGUUCCCGUUUCAUAUUCUGAUUUUGUCUAUGUUUUUGUGUGAAACAUCUUGUUGAACUGUGCAUAACUCCUGUGUGACCUUGAUACUGAGUGUGCAAAACACAUUCCAUAACUUUCCACUGCUGAUACUCCCUAUGAAGUGUAUAUAAACGCCCUGACGCAGCUGUGUGUCAGGACACGCCGAGAAUAAACCAGAUUGAUUUAA